UCACAUCUGACUUGCGAGUUCUUGAUGCCCACCACCACCAACUUCAGACGCAAAGAAAAAAAAAAGCCAAACUCUAAAUAUAAAAUAAUUUUAUUAAAAUUAAAUUCUAAGAAAAAUUAGGGGGAAAAAGGAAAGAGAAGGAAAAUAAAAGAAAAGAAACGAUCUUUGCGUGUUAAUGGCGCCUGAGCUUGUAAACGCCAUUCUUCAAUCUCUGUUGGUCAGAGAUUUUUCAGUUUUCGCGUUUGGCAGUUGAUGAUUGCGGCGGUUCGUGGAGAGUGAUAAACUUAGGAGUUACACUUUUUACGUGAGAAGAGAGGGGAGUGGGGUUUAGGUGAUGUCUUUUGACGGAGCCGAGAAGCAAUGGAAAUGCGUAGCUCCAGUGAGUUUUCAGAGAGUCAGUUCGAUUGUGCGCGAUAUUGGAGAACCUUGUCUCUAUCAAUCACCACUAAAGGUUGUGUCGGCUAUAGGCAAAAUGCUUAAGCCAGAUAAGUGGCAGUCAACCUUUGACAGCAAUGGAAAGAUUUUUGGCUUCCGCAAAGUGCUGAAGUUAAUCAUUUUGGGGGGUGUUGACCCUUCCAUACGAGCUGAAGUCUGGGAAUUUCUUUUGGGCUGUUAUUCAUUGAGCAGCACUGCUGAAUAUAGGAAGCAAUUAAGGGCUGCUAGGAGAGAACGUUACAGAGACCUUGUCAGGGAAUGUCAAGUGAUGCACUCUAGCAUAGGAACUGGUUCCUUGGCUUAUGUUGUAGGGUCUAAAGUCAUGGAUAUGAGGAUGAGUUCUCAAGAAGAAAGAAGGGAUACUGAAGAUCAAACUGAACGAAUUUCAGAAGCCAAUACUAACACAAAAGAUGUUAAUUGUGUUUUAGAUGGCAACUAUACAGAUAAAUCUUAUACAUGUUUGAAGGAAAGCUCUAAUGAUUAUGGUGACCUUGUAUGCGUACGAAGAAGCACCAUGGGAGGAGCAUAUGAUUCCUCUAGCUAUCCACCUUCUCCUGAUCCAUGCAACUACAGUUCCCCAACUGCCUAUGGACCACAUGACUCUGAUUAUGUAUCUGAAAGUUAUUUGGACUUCCCUGCUUUACCCUUCACAGAUUUGUUUGAAGAAAAAAAUAAGAAAGAUGGGGAUGCAGUUAGGUUGCACGAGCAUACAAACUCAACUAGGCGUAAAUUGAGAUAUGAAGAUGAUCAUAUGCACAGUUUUCAGAUUGACAAUAAUGCAGAUCUUAUUGAGGAAUUAAAUGGUUUAUCAUCUAAUGAUGUCUCUCUACAUGCUAAUUCUAAUGGUGAACCUAUCCCCCCUGACAUGCGUGAGUCUCCUCGGUCAAAUAAUAUGGAAUAUAAAGCACCAAAGCACAAAAUUAGGAUAUCCGAUGUACCAGAUAUACCAGCCAAAUAUGCAAGCACAGCCCAAGGAGGAUCUGCUAAUGGAGAUAGAGUCUCUGAAUGGCUUUGGACACUGCACCGAAUAGUUGUUGAUGUUGUCAGAACAGAUAGCCAUCUUGAGUUUUAUGAGGACACAAAAAAUUUAGCUAGAAUGUCGGAUAUUCUUGCUGUUUAUGCAUGGGUUGAUCCUGCAACAGGAUAUUGCCAAGGGAUGAGUGAUUUAUUGUCCCCUUUUGUGGUUCUUUUUGAGGACGACGCUGAUGCCUUUUGGUGCUUUGAGAUGCUCAUAAGGAGAAUGCGUGAAAACUUUACGAUGGAAGGGCCAACUGGUGUUAUGAAGCAGUUGCAAGCGCUCUGGCAUAUUUUAGAACUUACAGACAAGGAAAUGUUUUCUCACCUGUCCCACAUAGGUGCUGAAAGCCUUCACUUUGCUUUCCGCAUGCUGCUGGUACUCUUCCGUCGGGAAUUAUCCUUCAAUGAAGCUCUUUGUAUGUGGGAGAUGAUAUGGGCUGCUGAUUUUGAUUUGUCCUUGACCUGUCUUCUGGAUGAUGACCACCCGGAGGUGUUGUCCAUACACUUACCUAAAGAAACUGAGGCUGAAUCAGGAGAAGAAAGCUCUGAUAGCAACAAUGUUGGUACGAAGGGUGGGAUGCAGGAAAAACAUGGGACAACAGAGUGUUCCAUGUCUGACAACACAGGAAUCAGAUCUGGAUCUACCACGCCUUUUUGUGGCUUGGGAAAGCCUUUCUGGUCAAGGAAUGAACAUUUCCAGAUCCGUACCCUUUUAUCAUCAACAAAAAAUGGUGAUGAUGAACUGCCUGUUUUUUGUGUAGCGGCUAUUCUCGUUAUGAACCGUCACAAAAUAAUCCGAGAAACUCAUUCAAUUGAUGAUCUAAUAAAGAUAUUUAAUGAUAAUAUACUGAAGAUCAGAAUCAAGAGAUGUGUACAAACUGCCAUCAAACUGCGGAAAAAGUACUUUUACAAGCUUAUCAGAAGUAGGAGUCCAGCAGCUCAGAAUGAGAGUUAAAUUCUGAUCUUCAAUACAUGAGAGAACUUUUCCUUGGAGCCUUGAGACCCUGCUGAUUAUUUCAGAAUUAAUUUUUUGGAUAGCAACUAUUUCUCAUCAUAUACUAUUCUGGAGGAACUCUUAGAAAAAAAAAAAAAGCAUUCUUCUUUGUGUGCCUCCAAGGAGCAUUCAUCGACGUUUUGAAGGUAUUGUAUCUUUUAUCUUUGUUCAAGUGUCAUAUUUUUUACGUCCAGUGGUUAUACUGCAAUAGGAAACAUUGAUAGCACACCCAUCCUUCUGCUUCUUUUUUUAUGUUAAUCACACUUGUUGAGCAUUUAUCUGCAGUAAAAUUUGUGUUGUGAUAGUGGUAAAAAAUCAACUGGUGGGGGUUUGAUAGUCUCUGUUCUAGUUUACUUAUUUCUAGAAUUUUUAGAAUUGGAUUCACUUCACCUUUGAAUAUUUUAAAAUUGGAAAUUUGGUAGAACGUGAUGGAAAUUCGCCAGAAAUUUGAAAAGACUGCAAAGUCAAUUUUUUAAUUGCAAAUCAUGAACACAAUUAACCCUAGUUAAAACGUAGUUGGAGUUUAGAAGAUUAGCUUACAUUUCUAGUCAUAUAGCAAGUUCCUACAGCUUCAUACAUGCACAUUUCAUGACCUCUUUUCAAAAUCGUGCUUGGUUUGUGUUGUGCCACCCCUCUUACCAAUCAAGCAUUGUUGUAACAGAUAGGUCUUCUUGUUGUUCAUAGCUGUGUUCUGUUAUUUGUACCAUACAUAUAUCUGCUGCGCUUGUAGUAUUACCAUUCCCUUGUGGAGAUGACUGGAAUUUGACAUGAUUUCUUUAUGUUUACAUUCGCCACCACCUCGUUUCUUGCUGAAGCUUGCUGUGGAUUUCAGUUCUGUAGGUGGCUUUGUUUUCGUUUGCGUUGAAGGACUACGAAGUGAAGCUAUGUUUUGCUUUGUCUCCUCAGAAUGGUGAUGCAGGUUUAGGACAAUAGACACUUGAAAAAAGGUUUAUGAGACAUACUUGGAAGAGUGGUUUAUAUCGUCAAUUUUGAUCAUGAAACUAUCCCAGUUAUUAAAGAAAAAUAUAUACUAGAAAUCGAGAAUCAUGUGUAGUCCAUUUUUCAUAUACGAACUAAUUAUAUUUAGAAAGCUUCCUGCUCUUGUUUAUAAAUCGAAUUUCCUUCUCUA